UCAGCCAACGUAAAUGAAAAUAUUGUUAUUUAUACUGGCAACUCUAAAACAGGUGACGCAUUUAUCAAUUUCGUUUAUGUCAAAGUACGGACAAAGAGUGUGAUUACUUUACAAUUUUCUAAACGUAUUAUUAAAUUUUUGUGCAAAAUGUCGUCUAAGAAAAAGGUUCUUUUGAAGGUGAUCAUCCUUGGUGAUAGUGGGGUUGGUAAGACAUCACUGAUGAAUCAGUUUGUCAACAAAAAAUUUUCCAACCAGUAUAAGGCAACAAUAGGCGCAGAUUUUCUCACGAAAGAGGUAAUUGUAGACGACAGAAUCGUCACAAUGCAGAUUUGGGAUACCGCUGGUCAGGAGCGAUUUCAGUCUCUAGGAGUAGCUUUCUACCGUGGGGCGGAUUGCUGCGUCUUAGUGUUUGACGUAACUGCCCCCAACACAUUCAAGUCCUUGGAGAGUUGGAAGGAUGAAUUUUUGAUACAGGCGUCUCCGCGGGAUCCAGAAAACUUUCCAUUUGUUAUAUUAGGAAAUAAAGUUGACUUAGAAAACCGUGCCGUUUCCGCUAAACGUGCCCAGCAAUGGUGUCAGAGCAAAAAUGACAUCCCAUAUUUUGAAACAAGUGCCAAAGAAGCUGUGAAUGUAGAACUAGCAUUCCAAACCAUAGCUCGCAAUGUUCUUGCACAGGAAACGGAUGCAGAGUUGUACAAUGAGUUUCCAGACCGUGUGCAGUUAUCGGCCAAUGACAACUCUCGCAACAGGGAUGGAGACAACUGUGCUUGCUAGGUCUUAUUGCAUAUGCUUUGGCACUGGCAACAUAAUAGUUUCUCAUUUUUUAUAUAAAUUACAAUACAAAUAACAUUUUUGUGUAAGUAAUGUUUCCUUUUUCUAUAUCUUGUAAAAAUGUAUAAAUUAGACACAAUUGGGUGAUUUGUUUGCUAUGCACAUGUUAAAUAAUGUUUAAAUUUGUCAUAUAUUAGUUCUACCCUAUAAUCAUCAUGUAUCAAGUACAAGUUAUUUUUGGUUGGUAAAUCAAACUGUGCACUCCACAUUGAUUUCUUGUUGCCACUAUCAAUUUCACAAAAUAAAUGUAAUUGCCAGGAUUGCGAUUAAUAACAAAGUUAUUAUAUAUGUGUAUUAAUUCUACUCUACUAAAUAGAUGAGUUAUAUGGUAGCUUGUUCAACAAUGAUAUCUACCUACACUACAGGAUAAUUAUGACUCACAUUAUCUUCAUUAGAGUAAACUCAACCACUAAACAUUAUCUCAUAUGACAACUUUUAAGAAAUUUUUGUUGAUUAAAUUUUUUUUUAAAGUUGUCAUAAGAGAUAAUUCAAAAUAAUAAUAAUUCAUUAAUUUUUAUUAUUUUGAAUCUAAAAUGUGAUACAUUGUCAUGUUAUAAAAAGUUCUUGAUAAGUUGUAAGCAAACAAAUUGUUUAUGGAAAAACAUCCACAAUAGAAAUAGGCUGCUCUUAUGACCAUACACAUUCAUGUUAUACAUAUAAGGUAAGAUAGGUCAAAAGAAUGCAUCUGUAAAUCAAUAUGUGAGAAAAUGUUACCUUUCCACAGUAAAUUGAAGUUAUUUUUUUUUAUUUGUUGGUCCAGACUACUUAUUUUACGUGGUUGCUAGCACAAUAUCAGCCAUGUUAACCUGUUAUAUCAUUACAAAAUUUGCCUGAGCAUUAUAAAACAAAUGUUUCUGUAUAUAUUUGGAUUUAAAUGUUAGUUUUAAGUAGUUAAUAGUAAAUACAUGUUAUAUUGGUUAUUGGUACUCAAUAUGAAAUCAAUUAUUAUCUGGUGUUGACUAACAUAAUAUGACAAUGUUACUAAAAGCUUGAAAAUCUCAGCUUUAUCUUUGCCAUUUCGUAUUGAAGUUAGGGGAACACCAGACUUAAAAAAAAUUUGAAGGGCUUAUAUAAAAAAUAUAAAUACUAUUGUCAUUUGUAUUAGCUUUUAGUGAUGCCUAAAUGAAAUGCCUCAAACACUUGCGAUAAUGUUAAUUGCAUUUUGAAAAACAUCCCCAUACUAUACAUUAAAUUUAAAAAAAAGUAAUUUUGUAUUGUUUGUUGAUUAAAUAGUGUUAAAUUUUACAUAUUUGUUUUGUCAAUGCAGCCCAUAUAACUUUGGUUAUAGUUAGUAAAAUUAUAGUGUUUUGUUUCUUAUAUUAUACUCUAUUUACACUGCAUGAUUAUUAUCAUAUAAUUUGUGUUUACAUAUAAAAUUGUAUGUUGUAAGAUCUAGUAUAAAGAAAAGGUAACAAAAUACAAUGUAUGCUGUAAUAAUGGUUGCUUUUAAUUUUAUAUCAAUAAUAAAUAAAAAAACUUCAA